CAUCACAUCUUUCGGUUUGCAAUAAAGUGGAACUAAAUUUUGACCGUGCAACUGUAAAUAACAUAUUAUGUCUUAAUGAAAGCCGCCACUAGCUUAUACUUUACGAUGGCGGAAUCGCAGGUUGCUAACAUAGUCAAUGAAAUAUUGAGAGUGGAAGCAGUUGAAGAAGCCUUCAGCUGCUUCUUGGUCUAUAAACCCGACCAGGAGAAUGAGAGGUUAGCAACCUAUCAGAAAAAACUAUGUGCAGUCAUGACUACAAUCAGUGCAGAUGUGCAGGAGUCUGCCAUCAGGCAGUACCUCACGCUGACUGCGGUUCUCACCAACAGACACAAAAUGAAGCAACUUUUAACACUCAUGGAAAACUUAGUUAACACAAAUAUAAUACAGGCUCGGAUGCUCUGUGACUGCAUUCUGACUAGUGAAAAACUUUCCUAUGAAAAUGCGGAUUACUGGAUUGAGUGUUUCAAUUUGAUCAGAAGAAUUAUAGGCGGUGUGGAUUACAAGGGCGUCAGAGAGAUCAUGAAGGGCUGUAGAGAAAAAGCGCACACUUUACCAGUGCGGUUAAAUUCAUCCACAAUGGCUCAGAUGAAAGCGCUGUACAAUGUUAUAGAAUAUAUCUUUGACCGCAACGCGUCCCUGCUGCCCGCUUACUUCAUCGUCACGGAAAUACAGAAAGAUUACCCAGACAAUAAUCACUGGCCACAUUGGCAACUUGCGAAGCUGCUGACAAGCUUUGUCCAAAGCUUCAAGCCGUGUGCACAGAUGGUGUCGAUUAUUGGGCACUCUCAUAUGCUGCCAGUAGUCGAAUAUUCUGGCUAUGCAGACCACCUAGUCAACCCUUGGCGAUUAGAUCCAACCACAUUAAAAUUCUCACUAAAAGGAAGUCUGCCGUACGACGACAAAUUACUGAAGCCACAAAUAGGCCUACUGAGACAUGUUUUGCAGCAGCCAUAUUCCAGGGACAUGGUCUGUUCCAUGCUGGGAUUGCAAAAGCAGCAUAAGCAGCGUUGCAUCGCUCUGGAAGAUCAACUAGUCGAACUAAUGAUCCUAGCCAUGGAGAAAAGCGAACAGGAAAGCGAAGACGACGAAAUGUCUUCAACGCACUGGUGCUGGUUACACCUCUCAUCACAAGUUAUUUAUUUAAUACUCUUUCAAUUUGCCUCAUUUCCCAAUAUAGUAAUGGGGCUUCACAACAAACUGAUCGGACACGAUAUGAGGAAAGGCAGAGAUCACUUGAUGUGGGUGCUGCUUCAGUUUAUCUCUGGGAGUAUACAAAGGAAUCCGCUGUCAAACUUUUUGCCCAUAAUAAAGCUACACGAACUAUUGUAUCCGGAGAAGGAGCCGCUGCCUGUCCCCGACUGUACGAGGGCCCACUGCACGCAUCAAAUGGCGGUGGUGUGCAUUUGGAUGCACUUGUUGAAAAAAGCGGAGUCGGAACAUAAAACAAUGCCUAUGCCACAAAACCUAAAAGUGCAAUAUGACUUCCUACAGCACUUCAUGACAUCGAACAAUACACCAAACCUCAUGGGUUCAGACUACCGCAUAGCUCUGCUUUGUAACGCGUAUUCCACCAACCAAGAGUACUACGCACGGCCCAUGGGCAUCAUUAUAGAGACGCUCUUCGGCAGUCAGAAAGCUUUGUCCAACGGGAAUCCCGGGACGCCGUUGCCUACAGUGCCUUUGUCUAUGUGCAUACUGGAUAGUUUGACGUUGCACUGUAAAAUGUCUCUGAUCCAUUCGAUAGUGACGCACGUGGCGAAGCUGGCGCAGAACAAGACAAGUAUACCGGGGAGUAGCAUGAUGGCGCCGGCGCUCGUCGAGACGUACAGCCGGCUCCUGGUCUACACGGAGAUCGAGUCGCUGGGAAUCAAAGGUUUCGUUAUCCAACUGCUCCCGAACGUGUUCAAGUCGCAAGCGUGGGGCAUCCUCCAUAACCUUCUGGACAUGUUCUCAUACCGCAUCCACCACAUCCAGCCGCACUACAAGGUCACGCUGCUCUCCAACAUACACUCGCUGGCCGCGUACCCGCAGGCCAACCAGACGCAGCUGCAGCUCUGUUUCGAAAGCACCGCGCUACGACUGAUCACAAGUCUGGGCAGUUCGGGCGUGCAACUACAGAUGUCGCGAGUGGUGUCCGAGCCGAAGUCACUCGUGUCUCAAGACAACGAGGAACUGAACCGAGUGCUGGUGCUAACUCUGGCGAGGGGCAUCUACAUGAGCGGGACAGCCAACGACGGAGCGGCGGUGAAGGAGUUGCUCACCACCAUAAUGACGAACACGCCGCACAUGUGGUCACAGCACACGCUGCAGUGCUUCCCUCCGGUGCUCGUCGACUUCUUCUCACAGAAUCCAGCACCCAAGGAAAAUAAGCAAGUGCUAAAGAAGUCCGUAGAAGAGGAGUACCGCAAGUGGACGUCGAUGGCGAACGACAACGACAUCAUAUCGCACUUCUCCGUGCCCGGCACGCCGCUGUUCCUCUGUCUGCUGUGGAAGAUGAUCUUUGACACGAACAGAAUCAAUCCUAUCGCUUUCAAAAUCCUCGAACGCAUCGGCGCUCGUGCGCUCUCAGCCCACCUGCGCAAGUUCUGCGACUACCUCGUGUACGAAGUGACCAACCCGGCCGGCGGGCCCCACAUCAACAAGUGCGUCGACGCCAUUAAUGACAUCAUAUGGAAGUAUAACAUCGUUACUAUCGACAGGCUCGUGCUGUGUCUGGUUCUGCGGCCAAACCCCGAUGGCAACGAGAGCCAAGUGUGCCUGUACAUCAUCCAACUUCUGCUACUCAAAGGCUCCGAGCUCCGAAACCGAGCGCAAGACUUCGUCAAGGAGAAUUCGCCAGAACACUGGAAGCAGAACAACUGGUACGACAAGCACCUGGCCUUCCACAGAAAGUACCCCGAGAAAUUCGCGCCCGAGGAGGCCAGUGGCGCGUACGGUGGGUCCAUACCCGUGUACCUGAGCAACGUGUGUCUCCGGUUCAUUCCCGUGCUGGACAUAGUGGUGCACCGGCACCUGGAGACGCCGCAGGUCAGCAAGAACCUGGAGCAGCUGCUCGAGCACCUGGGCUACCUCUACAAGUUCCACGACCGGCCAGUAACCUUCCUGUACAACACGCUGCACUACUACGAGACGAAGCUGCGCGACAAGCCGCCGCUGAAGCGCAAGCUGGUGAACGCCGUGCUGGGGUCGCUCAAGGACGUGCGGCCCGCCGGCUGGGCCACCACGGACGCGUUCCAGGCGUACCUGGUCAAGCCGGACGCGGACACCACGCCCUGGACGCCCGACCUCAACUACUACCUCAGCCUGGUUAACAGGAUGGUUGACACAAUGACAGGCGUAUCCCACUUCCCGAACACCGACUGGCGAUUCAACGAGUUCCCGAAUCCGUCGGCACACUCCCUUUAUGUGACUUGCGUAGAACUCAUGUCACUACCAAUGGCACCCGAUGUUGUUGGCAAUAAUUUGCUCGACGUGGUCACUAAGGGCUUUGUGGUCAUACCGGCGACCAAGAUCCAACUCUGGAUCAACGCGAUAGGACUAAUAAUGGCUGCUCUGCCUGAUGCUUACUGGACUGUCAUUCAUGAUAGGAUACUGGAAGCCAUGACCCACAGCGACAUGACAGAGUGGCCGUACCAGCACUCGCCAUUCCAGCUGUUCAACCUGGCCACCACCAACGACGCCAUGCUCGAGAACAAGUACAGCCUCACGCUGGCGCUGGCUCACGCCGUCUGGUACCACGCGGGCGCCGGACAGAUCAUGCAGGUUCCUCAGUUCGUGAAAGAGAAGCUGUCCCCCGAGAUCCACACGGAGACGCAGCUGGUGUUCCUGUGCCACCUGGUGGGGCCGUUCCUGCAGCGCUUCAACGCGGACGUGACGCGCGCCGUCAUGGACAUCACCAUCGCGCUCUACGAGCUGCUCGCGCACAUCGACAAGACGCAGCCGCAUCUGCAGUACAUUGAUCCUAUAUGCGACUUGCUCUACCACAUAAAAUACAUGUUCGUCGGCGACACGCUCAAGAGCGAAGUGGAGACCGUGAUCCGCAAACUGCGGCCCGCGCUCCAGAUGCGACUGCGCUUCAUCACGCACCUCAACGUGGAGCAGAUCAACACCGCCUAGCAGAACGACUACUACAGCUACACGCCGUCUAGCUCCAGCUCCAGCUCAGAGUAGACGGCCCGGCUGUAGACGUUUUAAACUAAUAGCGUUCUGCGGGCGUAGCACACUAGAGGGAUAAGCUUUAUAGUACCGGUGAGUCCCUAUCACACUUACAAACAGUGCGAAAGGGCAAGCCUGACGUUUUAUCGUUUAUCUCGCGACCGUACUUGCCUGUCUGAACAGUUCUGAGCGAGCAUUCGUUCGUUCCUGCGCCGAUUAAAGUAUGGAAGUCAAGUGUUUUCAUCUGCGCACGAACGAACGAAUGCUUGCUCAGAACCCUAAGUGAAAACGCAGGGGCGGUUGCACCAAACCGUCCGUUACCUUUAGCGUCUAAAUGUUUUGUAUUGGCAUUUCCAUAGACUGCGUGACGGUGAAUAUGUCUGCUAACUGUGGUUGCUGUGUGGCCCUGAGAAUAGCUCAUAUGGGCUUGGGCCCGCUGACUAUCGGCCUGAUGGACGUGGAGUAGAUCAACACCGUCUAGCUCAGCUCCGAGUAGACAGUUGGGCUAUAAUAUAAACAUUUCCCGUAUCUAUGCAAUGAGAGAUAAAAAGACUGAAGUCCGUAUCAACGAAUGCGUCUUCAUCUUUUUUUUAGCUCUUUCUUCCUAUAGUUUUUAUUUACUUUGAUCGAAUAUGGGCAAUUAGUUCGUUUAUGGAGUCAUUUCAGUCAAUGUGUUUGUUAUCCAAAGUGCAACGUCUGCAUAUUUUUUUUUUCAAUUUUUAUGAGUGUAUUUCUUAUGUUUUGGUUAACAUAUAAGCUAUAUUAGAUUUUUUAAUUUAAGAUGCAUGUCGACUCGACUACUACAAGUCUUUCAAGCUGAAUUUCUUAUACAGAAAUUAGCGUGUAUUACUUUUACUACUGAACAUAAAUAUGCUUUUUACAAUGGUUGUAUUUUAACUGGUCAAUAUCAUAGAUCUAGAAUUAUUAAACUAGAUUGUGGAAUCACAUUUUUUGCCAUACUAAAUUGAACCUUAUCACUGAAAUAGAAAGGUAAUCGUAUUAGACUAGCGAAAACGAUCCACAUGAGAGGGCAUUGUUUGGGCUGGUGUCCCUCUCGCACGUGUGGCCAGUGUUAAUGAGGUUACCAUAGUAGUAGUAUUUUUAUCUGUAUAUUACCUUACUUUAUA